AUGGCCCCGAUCAACGAGCAGGAUGAGAAGCCGGAGAAAAAGUCCAAGUCGAUGUUCAAUUCGCCUGGUUUUGCUCAAACGUACACCUCGGCGGAAAAGCUCACAGGCAGCUACGCAAAACUAUUGCUCGAGAAAGUAAACCUCGGAAAAGUCCCAGACGAUCAGAAACUUGCCGUCCUUGAUGAAGCAUGCGGCACCGGUAUUGUUUCGGUCCACCUGAUGGAAACACUCGAUGGGAAGGCCCGAGAGAAUCUAGAACUCACCUGCGCCGACUACGCUGACCCCAUGGUCGAUUUUAUGACGAAGCGAAUCGAGGCCUCUGGCUGGAAGAACGCACAAGCCAUCAAAGCUGACGCCAUGGACACCAAAUUGCCCGAUUCACAUUUCACUCACGUUCUCUUGAACUUUGGGCCAGAAAUCUUCGCUGACCCCAAGGCCGGGCUCCGCGAAACCCAUCGCAUACUACGCCCCGGGGGUACACUGGCCAUGUCCACGUGGAAGCGUGUGGGUUGGUUUCCCGAUGUGAGAGCUGCACUGGCCACUGAGGCCGACCUCCCAGAGAUCCGGGUCGACGAGACACUUCGCCAGCUGUUUUCGCCUGACGCCCAAUGGGGUGACCCUGCCUUCAUCCGCCAGCUUCUCCCCCCAUUGAGCUUUGUCGAUGUCCAAACAGAAUCUGUUCCUCAUCGGAGCAUACUCCCAGCAAAUCCGGGCAUCAUGGGAUUGCUCAACGGAAUACUGGGACAAAUAAUGACCAAGAGAUGGACAAAAGAAGAGCAGGACCAGUACGGUGAGCGCGCAAGGACCGCCGUCGAAAGGUACAUGAAGCAGAAAUAUGGCGAUGGGGAGAUCGAGUGGGACUGGAUUGCUGUCUUGACGAUCGCAAAGAAGCUGGAGUAG